UGGUUCUGGAGGGUGAUGCAUUGCAUAUUUGCAUGUGUGUAUAUAUAUAUGAGUAAAUAUUAACUGUAAUGCCAACAUUAGCUUUAACAUGAUUUGGUUCUACUGCACAUGUGCUCUACUUUUCAUCCUGAAAACUAGCAGUGCAGUAGACACCUUACUUCCAAAUCAAACACUUAAAGAUGGGGAUACCAUUGUUUCAGCUAACGAAUUCUUCGAACUGGGGUUCUUCAGUAGGUAUCGAAAUGUACGGUACUUGGGGAUAUGGUUUAAGAAAGUUGAUAAAGGUACCGUUGUAUGGGUUGCCAAUAGAGAUGUUCUGCUUGCCGGUUUCAUGGGCAUGCUUAAGUUCACUGACAAGGGAACUCUGCAGCUUUUCAGUGGCAACAACACCUUAAUUUGGUCAUCCCAACCCUCCAAAACAAUCGCAAAUAUUAAUCCGGUAGCACAGCUAUUGGAUACUGGGAAUCUUGUCAUCCGGGAUAAUGUUACUGGAGACUUCAUCUGGCAAAGCUUUGAUCACCCUGGUAACACUUGGCUACCAGGAAUGAAAAUCGGUGUGGACCUUGUAACGGGGAUACAGCGGAACCUGACAUCGUGGAAGAGUCGUGGUGAUCCUUCACCAGGUUCUUAUACAGUUUCUAUGGACAUAAAUGGAUUCCCGCAGUUAUACAUCGCAAAUAUGAAAGAUAAAUCCCGUUGGCAUCGCAGGGUUGGAUCUGCUAACGGUGUGGGCUUUACUGGGAUGCGUGGUCAGGGACAAAGCGGCUUCUAUGAAUUUGAAACCGUUUACAAAACAAGAGAGGAGAUAUACAUCAAUUUUACUUCACUAAUCAAUUCAUCUUUUUCAAGGAUGAUGUUGAAUUACCAAGGCAACUUUCGGCAGUUUGUUUUGAAUAGUAGUAAAUGGGAGGAAUAUAUAACGCCUUUCCAGGACGAAUGUGAGAUUUACGGUGUAUGUGGUGCUUACGGCAGCUGUAACAUUAAUAAUUCCCCAGUGUGUACGUGUUUAGAAGGAUUUGAACCUAAGGUGCCUAAAGAAUGGUCAGCUAAUGAUUGGUCAAAUGGGUGUAAGCACGAAAUACCCAUGAAUAAUGAAACUGGGUAUAACUUCAGCAAGUUUAGCAACCUGAAAUUGCCCGACUCACGGGAUACAUGGUUCAACAGUACCAUGUCCCUUGGGGAGUGUGAGAAGGUUUGCACAGGUAACGUCUCGUGUACUGCUUAUGCAAAUACUGAUAUUAGAGAUGGCGGAAGUGGAUGCUUAAUGUGGUUUAGUGAGCUGGUGGACAUGAGAGACGCUCCUCAAGGAGAUGAUUCAGGGCAAGAUAUCUAUAUAAAAAUGGCCAAUCCUACAUUUGGAGACAAGAAGAAAACACAUCUUAAAGUGACCUUCCCAGUAGUAUUUGUGGUAGUUCUGAUCACCUUGGGACUGAUACUAUAUGCUUGGAAAAAGAAGAAGAAUUCACAUGAUAUAUGUGAAGAUUUGGAGCUGCCAUUAUUUAGCUUGGAUAAGAUAGCUAAGGCCACCGGCAACUUUUCAAUCAACAAUAAGCUAGGGCAAGGAGGUUUUGGUGAAGUUUACAAGGGUGUUCUUGAAGAGGGAGGAGAAAUUGCCGUGAAGAGGUUGUCAAAGACAUCAAGGCAAGGACUUGUUGAGUUCCAGAAUGAAGCCAUGUGUAUUGCCAAGCUUCAGCAUCGUAAUCUUGUCAAACUUUUGGGAUAUUGUGCUCACGGAGACGAAAUGAUGUUGAUUUAUGAAUACAUGCCCAACAAAAGCUUGGACUAUCUUUUAUUUGAUGAAAACAACUCCUCAUUACUUGACUGGCCUCGACGCAAUCACAUCAUAAACGGGAUUGCACGAGGACUUCUUUACCUACAUCAAGAUUCGGUCCUUAGAAUAAUUCAUAGAGAUCUAAAAGCAAGCAAUAUUUUGCUUGAUUCUAACAUGAACGCGAAAAUAUCUGACUUUGGCUUGGCGAGAAUGUUCAAAGAAUAUGAGACUGAAGCCAAUACAAACAAAGUUGUUGGUACACUGGGAUACAUUUCUCCGGAGUAUGCAGCUAAUGGGAAUUUCUCAGCAAAAUCAGACGUAUUUAGCUUUGGUGUUUUGGUGCUAGAGAUUGUGAGUGGGAAGAAGAACAGAGGAUUCACUCACCAAGGUCACCAUGAUAACCUUCUUGGGCAUGCAUGGAGACUCUACAAGGAAGCAAGGCCACUGGAACUGGUUGAUGCAGCUUUAGGGGACUCAUGGACUGCAUCGGAGGUGCUUCAAGCAAUACAUGUUGGUUUAUCAUGUGUGCAACACCAUGCAUAUGAUAGACCAAAUAUGUCUUCUGUGGUUCACAUGUUGGGCGGUGACGGUGCACUGCCUGUGCCAAACCAACCUGGCUAUUAUGCAGAACUGACUAAGCAUGAAGUCGAGUCUACCUCAAGCAUGCUACUACUUUUGGGUUCAGUUAAUGACUUCACAAUUACACAACUAGAUGCUCGGUAAUUACAUAGAAGUGCUUCAAACAAUACCUGAUUUGCAUCCAGAGAUGGUGCCUUUUUAUUUCCUUUGGCAGGGAACGGAAUAUGAAAGAUCUGGCUUCUAUUUCAAGUAGUCCCUGCACCUCCAACCCAAGAUCCUGUCUAUCAAAUACCUAUGACUUAUUUAGAUUAUAAUUUUGUUAAAUUAUAUACCUUGUAGCAAACCGUAUAUUAAUUUGGAAUUACACUAAUUUCAUUAUAACUGAGCAGAC